CCCCCCCCCCACAGGACGCUGGCCGUAGCACUUUGCGCAGACCCCUCCCAGCCCAUCCCAGGGCUUCUGCUCAGCAUGGCCAGGGUCUCUGUCAGCAAGUACUUCACGGAACCUGAGCUAUUACUGCUCAUUAAACCCCACUCGCCUACGUCACAGCGAAUUAGGUAUCCCCAUGUCUAUGUGCCCAGGGCGCAGCCCCUUACAAAGCACAGUAUUGCCCAUUUAACUCAAGGCAAUUUAGCCAUAGUUCUCAAGUCAGCUGGAAGAAGGAAUAUGAUUUUGGACAGUGGGGUGGUGGUUCUGCUUUGUGGGCUCCUGGCCACUCUGUGAGUCCCAAAGGCCAGUCUGCCCAUUUCCAGGCAGACUUCCUGUCCCUGCUGUGGACAUGUGACCUCUGUCCCCUUGCCACUUGUCCCCAGGUGCCCUCCCAGGACAGUGCCCAGGUCUGGGAGUCCAUGAAGCUGUGAAUGUUACCUUAACAUUGAGAAAACGCUUACGAAGGUUGUUUCUGACACCUUCUCCCAUCAGCUUUCCUGGGCUCCAGGGCUGGUGUCUCCAGCUCUGGGGAGGCUUGGGGAACUGGCCUGUCAGGGGCUGUUGCCGUUGCCCUAAGUGGUUUCCUGUCUUUGUCCCCUUCUCUAAUAUCCGGGCCAGCGUUAGGCCCUGAGGACCUUCUGGAUCUGGGGCCUCCCACGGACUCCCCUGCCAUAAUAUCAAAGGCAACUGAUUAGUCAUCAGUAAACCCAUGAGCCAUUCACUCUGAGGAAUAUUUAGAACUUCUGUUUACCUCCCAAGUGUCUGGGAAAGUGGCAUUUCAAAGGCUCUGUUUGAUCUUGAUCCAAUUUAUUGCCAGAAAUGUGCAUGUGGAAUAAUGGAGACCCUCAGAUGGCAGCGAGGGUGGCAUCCUUAAGAAAAUUAAUUACUCCUAAAACCAAAUGCCAGCUGCUUUAGCAACAAUAUUCCUAAGAGAAGCAAACCUUGUGGUGAAGUUAGGCAGCAGAAGGACUUUUUAUUGGAAACGUUCUCUGUGCCUGAACUCUGCUGUGGGAUGAGCGCCUGGGCGAGGGCCUGCCUUGCCCUUGGCACUAUUUCCAUGGGCCGGGGAUAUGGACCCUGGAGAAGCCAGUCGUCACCUCAUGGCCAGGAGGUGCCUCCAACAUCUCCUGGGCUCCUGUGACUUUCUGUUUCAUGUCUCGCCAGGGAAGUUGGACUUUGGGAUCGCCUAAAAACACACCAACCUGUGCAUGGGCCAAAAACUUAGAAAGUGGAGGGUUUUAAUCUUGCGGGAAGACCUGUGUCCUUCAUUUCCAGUCUGGAGUUGAAGAGAAUGAGGGAAUUUGUCUGGAAAUGGUUGUGAAUUACCAGAAGAGCAGGUUCUUAGAUUUCUAUCUGGUCACAAGUGGCCAAGAGGGACAGAAGAAGUGACCUGGCCUUGGCUGCCUCUGGGGUGGGGGUGGGAAAGAGACCAGGGACCUGUGUUUAGUACGAGGAGGAGUGGUCAGGCCAUAUACAGCUGAGAAGAGCCUGAAUGUUCCAAACUGUGUUUGAAUUUCCUGGUUUGUUCUGGCCUCUGGGUUGGCGUGGGCCUCCUGGAUGUGCCUCAGCCAGCCAGGGAGCGACAGCAGACCCGCGAGGUCUUCCUAGCUCUCCCCACUCACGACUUUGUUGGGUUUGUCUUUAAAAUGAACCAUCUGUCUGGAGACACAGGUCAUCAAAAUGACACAACCCUGCUGUAGCCUAUGCAAGCCAGGGGCCUUGGGAGAGUGGGGAGAGGGCACCGCUGUGGAGACAAGAAAAUCCAUAUUUUUCUUGAGCGAAAAUACAAAGUGGCACUGGGUGCAAGCAGUAGGUGACCUUGGGAUUGAGUUAAAAUGCUGCUGGGAAAAUUAGAAAAAACAAACAUGAGAAGAAUGCUAAUGAACAGUGGUGGACGGGAGCCCAGAGCCCUGAUUCUCCACCAUCCACAAGGGGUGCUCGUGUGAGGCCUAUAAAUAGACCCAUAAAAACCAAUUCUAAAUUGAGUUAAGAUGCAGGCCUGUUUCCGCUUGUGGGAGAGCGUUAUGUAAGGCGCCGGUGCUGUAGGCCGCCGUUCCAAAGUGCUUUGAUGAAUCCGGCCUUUGUUGGGAUCCCGCGUGGAGCAGGCAGGAUGCUCAGGCUGCAGAAAGAUUUCAUCACCAGGAGCAUUUUCCGGACCUUACCAAACCACUCACUUUUGGUAAGAAAUAAGAGUGGCUGCCUCCUGGUGAUGAUGGCUGCGUGAUCACCCACCAUGGCCCACCGGAAGCGUCAGAGCACAGCGAGCAGCAUGCUAGACCACAGGGUGAGGCCGAGCCCCGAGCCGGAGGCUGAGGGUGUGGAGCUGCCCCCAGAGGAGUACACGCCCCAGGGCUUGGAGCUGGCAACCCUGCGGCCCGAGAGCCCGGUGCCCACAGAGCCGGGCUGCCCCGACCACAGCCCCGAUGGGGACUCCAGCUCCGACUAUGUGAACAACACCUCGGAGGAGGAGGACUACGAUGAGGGCCUCCCCGAGGAGGAGGAGGGCAUCACCUACUACAUCCGCUACUGCCCCGAGGACGACAGCUACCUGGAGGGCAUGGACUGCAACGGUGAGGGCUGCCUGGCGCACAGUGCGUCUGGCCUGGAGACUGAUGAGUGCCAGGAGGCGGUGGAGGAGUGGACGGACCCGGCGGGCCCACACCCGCCCGACUGUGAGGACGAGGGCAGCCCGGACUACCGGGGCAGCCACCUCCCCAUCCCAGAGGACGAGCCCUCUGGCCUGGAGGCCCAGGACCAGGAAGAGGGUGUCCACUACUGCCCCAGCGAGGAGGGCUACCCGGACUACUACCCCACUGAGGCCAAUGGGAACGCAGGCAGCGCAUCCCCCUACCGCCCUAGGCGUGGGGACGGGGACCUGGAGGACCAGGAGGAGGACAUCGACCAGAUCGUGGCUGAGAUCAAAAUGAGCUUGAGUAUGACAAGCAUCACCAGCGCCGGUGAGGCCAGCCCAGAGCACACGCUGGUGCGGGCACCGGAGCCAGGGCCUGGGGACUCGGCGGAGGCCUGCCCUCCCGGCGAGGCCAGCCUCGGCCCCAGCAGACACGAGGGGCGGCCCAAGUCUCUGAACCUCCCUCCUGAGGCCAAGCACCCUGGAGAUCCCCAGAGAAGCUUCAAGACCAAGACCAGGACUCCAGAGGAGAGACCAAAGUGGCCCCAAGAGCAGGUUUGCAAUGGUUUGGAGCAGCCGAGGAAACAGCAGCGCUCUGAUCUCAACGGACCUGUUGACAAUAACAACAUCCCAGAGACAAAGAAGGUGGCAUCAUUUCCAAGUUUUGUGGCUGUUCCAGGGCCCUGUGAGCCAGAAGACCUCAUUGAUGGGAUCAUCUUUGCUGCCAACUACCUGGGGUCGACACAGCUGCUUUCGGAGCGGAACCCUUCCAAAAACAUCAGGAUGAUGCAGGCGCAGGAGGCUGUCAGCCGGGUCAAGAGGAUGCAAAAGGCUGCUAAAAUCAAGAAGAAAGCGAAUUCUGAGGGGGAUGCCCAGACUCUGACCGAAGUGGACCUCUUCAUCUCCACCCAGAGGAUCAAGGUGUUAAAUGCGGACACACAGGAGACCAUGAUGGACCACGCCCUGCGCACCAUCUCCUACAUCGCAGACAUCGGAAACAUCGUGGUGCUGAUGGCCAGGCGCCGCAUGCCGAGGUCGGCCUCUCAGGACUGUAUCGAGACCACCCCUGGGGCCCAGGAGGGGAGGAAGCAGUACAAGAUGAUCUGCCACGUGUUCGAGUCCGAGGACGCUCAGCUGAUCGCCCAGUCCAUCGGCCAGGCCUUCAGCGUGGCCUACCAGGAAUUCCUGCGGGCCAACGGCAUCAACCCUGAGGACCUGAGCCAGAAGGAGUACAGUGACAUCAUCAACACCCAGGAAAUGUACAACGACGACCUCAUCCACUUCUCCAACUCAGAGAACUGCAAGGAGCUGCAGCUGGAGAAGCACAAGGGAGAGAUCCUGGGCGUGGUGGUGGUGGAGUCGGGCUGGGGCUCCAUCUUGCCCACAGUGAUCCUGGCCAACAUGAUGAAUGGCGGCCCGGCUGCCCUCGGGAAGCUGAGCAUCGGCGACCAGAUCAUGUCCAUUAAUGGCACCAGCCUGGUAGGGCUGCCCCUCGCCACCUGCCAGGGCAUCAUCAAGGGUCUGAAGAACCAGACACAGGUGAAGCUCAACAUCGUCAGCUGUCCUCCGGUCACCACCGUCCUCAUCAAGCGGCCAGACCUCAAGUACCAGCUGGGCUUCAGCGUGCAGAAUGGAAUCAUCUGCAGCCUCAUGCGCGGGGGCAUCGCAGAGCGGGGUGGCGUCCGAGUUGGCCACCGCAUCAUUGAGAUCAACGGGCAAAGCGUGGUGGCCACCGCCCACGAGAAGAUUGUCCAGGCAUUGUCCAACUCGGUUGGAGAGAUCCACAUGAAGACCAUGCCUGCCGCCAUGUUCAGGCUCCUCACAGGCCAGGAGACCCCGCUCUACAUCUAGGCCACCCACCGCACCCCAAGGAGCGGGAGCCAGACCCGGGACCUGACCCCUGACCCCACCGCCCACCUAAGGACACUGGCUCCCCUGAAGGGCACGCCCUCACCACCCACUUUUUUUUUUGGACUCAAAGGGGUAUGUCUUCAUCCAAGGAGGGUCACAAGAACCAAUCUUUGUAGAACAGUCAAGUAUUUUGCCGCAUUCUGACUUUUCUCAUUGCAACGGACAAGGGUUUCUUUGUACCCCUGUGUGGUGUGGAGCCGUGGAGGGUGAAUGUGGGUGCCUCUGGAUGCGGCCGUGCAGGGAGCCCCUCGAGGACGGUGAGCUCCUGGGGGGCAGCAGCGAUGGCCCCACCCUUGGCUGGGGCUCCGGGGUCCUGCAGGGAGGGCAUCCCGACAGCCCGGAUGGCUGCCUCCCAGGGUAGCCGGCUCUCAGGAUGUGACUGGUCAUUGAAGUUGGGGACCACGUGAUGUAUUUCCCGAGAAAGGAGACAUCCUUCAGUUCAAUAAAGGAUGAUGGCCACAACCUCAAAACUCCAUAUUUAUUUAGACAGUAUCACCGUUUUGACUUUUAUUUGACAGCAAGCUGUUCUUCAGACAUUAGGAUUUUCCAAUGACCCUGUGACCACACCUGCUGCCCUGUGCUCGCCUGUCCACUGGUCCCUGGAUGCCCUGGGGCACCCUCCCCUACAGGUGGCCCUCUGGUUACUAUCUGUCUACAUAUACGCAUCCACAUGCGUGCUCCCCCCUCAGAAACCAGCCCCACACCGGAACCCUGGACGCCUGCCGUUCCUGGGGUGACUGCGGCAUCCGGGCACCGUCUCUGUGAGCAGUGUUCCAGUGUGUGUAGAUCAAGUGCAACGUAGUCUAGUUCCGCUCAGCAAGCUCAGUGUUCACCGACGUCAUUUUGUCUGGAAGUCUCUUUCUCUGGCCCAGGCCUCGAAGAAUACACUGUGACUUAAGAAGCCUUACCAUGCAGUAACUAAGCUUUAGGAUCACUGGACCUGAGGGUGACCUGUGUGUUGCAUGCAGCCGACCUUAGGAAGACUCGCUAAUACCACUAAUAAACCUGAGGUCAUGACGGAA